CGUGCGAAGUAAGCGGGAUAUAAGCAUAUCGAUUUAUGUUGUCUCAAAGUGUCGGAUCGCAGGUUUGUAGUCGAUAUAAGCUCAAGGUUCUAGGUCAUUACAUUAAACACGUCUAAUUUCUAGCCAAAGUCGUCUACCUUUCUUGACUCUUGGCCUAAAGUACGACAAUUUCAGUUGCUGUGCAUUGCGUGGAAUAUAUUUGGAGAGUCUGCGGAGUUUUGCAAAGUUCGUCGCUGCAUGAAUGAAAAUCCGUGAUUUUUUUUUCGAGAUACGCUUAUUAUACACACAGGCACCAGUGUAUGAGUGCUGGUGAACUAGUUCGGUUGCUGAAAGUUAUAAAAAGCUUGUUACAGGUUUUCAUGUAAGCAACAAUUUGAACCACUUAUCAACAGACUUUGCUUUGGAUAUUUAGAAAUUUUGAUGGAGUAAUGGGUGCAUUAUGUCUGCGUUCGGCGGAAUCUUGCAACAAUACUCUGUGAACCUCGCCAGCAAGACUGGCAGUGUCGUCGGCUGCACCGUCCCGCUAGAGGUUUCGCCCCGCGACAGUAUGGGCGACCCGCGCCCUAGCAACCGACUCCGUGGACCAGACGGUCACGUCAGAUUUUAUUCCGAAUCUGCGGUGGAGUUUUACAGGCGGAAUUCGUACAGUGAAAGAUCGUCGUGGAGUUAUGGCAGAAAGACUGACCAAACAUCGUCUUCUGUGGAAUCCACGACGGAUACCAAAACGGACGAUCAGGCGUCAAAGUUCAUAUCAGCAUCAUAUGCUGGGCCUGACACUAAUGGGAGCACAAGCCAACGGUACUCAAGACGUAAAGCGUUGAAGAAAAUGAGACUAAACAAUGACAGGAAGAUCAUCUCCUAUUUGAGGCAACGUUUUCGGGAGCGACCUGAACCAUGGAUGGAUAAUGAGACUAUAGAUUCUGAGGGCCAGGGAGAUAAAGUUUACAAGUUUAAGCCCAAGACACCAGGUCGGGUUGAUAUCUUCACCAAAUACAAUGAAAUUGGAGGUCGUGUCAGCAAGGAGGGUCACGUCCUGGAUGGUUUAUAUCCUGGAGCCUUUUCCUUCACCCCUCUGCCGAAAGAUCACCCUCCAAGCCCUGAAUGUGAUGAAUCUGUUCUGGUAGAUGGAGCAGAGGACAAAGCUCCAGAGACAUCACAGGAGGAAGUCCACAGAACUGUUGAAACCAGGGCCAGCUCAAUCCUUGAACCAUUGACCAUCCCGGGAGUAGGAGCCAGUGGGGAACAACCUUUGUUUCAGAAGGGGAGUCCUGCAGCAACAGCUCUAAGCCACGACAGGGCUCCUUCUGAAAGACUUGAACUUCAGUCCAUCACUGGCUUAUCAGACAGUUUGUCCUCGAUGGGAUCUAGGAACUCCUCGGGUAGGUCACGCUUGUCAAGUGGCAUGAGUCGUGACGGAAGUGUGGCGAACACUUUGGUCAGUUCUUCAAGAAGCCCAAAGCCUCCAGACUUAGCGAUCAAGCCCGAGAAAGCAGUAGGCAAAAGUAAACCCGUGUCUCCUCUCGUCAGAUCGCCAAGUCAGUUGUCACAUUUGCCUUCAAUCAGUACUAGUAGAGUAUCAUCACCACUUGCCUUGCACUCCGGCAAGGACCUGAAACUUCCUGCCCUUGGAGCGGACACCAGAUGUCAUUCAACAGUAUCGCUGGAAUCUCCAAAAAGUGGACACCAAGGGCCAGUCGAAGAUGCACACUCUUGUGUAUCUCCUGUACCUACUCCUUAUCCAGACCAUGAUGAUGGGCUGGACUCGAAGAAGUCUCUGGAAUACCAGCAGAUUGUUGACAGGGUUCUGAAGAGCAAGGUGGAUGUCCACUGUACCUGGGUGUCCAAUACAUUUAGACUCUAUGUGUCAUCUACCUUCACCGAUUUUGGAGCUGAGCGCACUGUCCUCAUAGCCAAGGCCUACCCCAGGCUGCGGGCAUUCUGUCGUGAAAGGGGUUUUGAGUUCCAGGUGUGUGACUUGAACUGGGGCUUGAAGGACUACUCCACAGACGAUCAUUCCUUCGCUAGUGGCUGCUUGGCAGAGCUGCAGGAAUGUGAGAAGGUGUCAAAAGGGCCAUUCUUUGUGACCCUCAUGGGACAGAAGAUGGGAUUCCAAGCUCUUCCGGAUUCUUUCCCAGAAGAAGACUUCUCAUCGCUGGUAUCAGCGAUCGAGAGGGAGAAGGCUCACUAUGUCGCUACAAGAAGACCGUCUGCGUUCCCUGCACAAAGUAUUGAGGAGCAACUGAACAGUCGACCCAUCACAGUAGAGUCAAAGAAAGAUGGAACAAGCACAAAGCGUUCUUUCCUGUCUGGUGUUAAUCGCAUGAUGCUUACCAUGAGGGUGUUUGGAGGGAUGACUCGACGUCGGAAUUCAGUAUGGCGUGAGGUCGAAAGGUUGCCAGCGGAAGGCCAGGAAGACCUGGAGAAGGGCCCUGUUGAGAAGGAGUUUGAGGCGGAUCUGAACGCCCUCCAGACCUGGUACAAGCUAGAUGAGAAUAAUGUUCCACCUGUCUACAUCUUGCAACCAAUCAGCUCCCAGUUCCGAGAGAUACUGAGCAAUGACAAGCAGAAGAGACUGAGAGCAAAGAACCAAUGGCUGGUGAUGUAUAAGAGACUCAUCAAGACUCUCACAAAGUAUGUUCCCAUGGCCAUCAAGGAUACCAAGAGAGCAGAGACGUAUCUACAAACAGUAAAUGAAAGAGAGUUGGACCAUGCAGUGUUUUCUGCCGAGCCAGAGAAAAGCAAAAAGGUUGCCAGCUUUGUGCGGCACAUCAAGGACCUCAGGAAGAACCUUCAAGACUACAACUCCAAAGACUUCAUCGACCUGCAGAACCUGAAGCCAGAGAUUGACUUUCCCAAGUUUGAAAGAGUUGAAGACCUUCGAGAUGUGAAAGUACCACAGAGUAUCGGCUUCAGUAACGUCCAUGAGCAUAGCAUCAUAUGGCACAAAGAUGGCGUCAAUCCUACCCAUGUGCGGGUGCACUCUCAAUAUCUAGACGGACUUGCCAAUGAGUUCUUUGAUACCAUGAAAGUCAAACUAGAGAGGGCGAUGUACGAAGAUACAUCUCUUACUACUGCACCAUCAUACAGUCUUUAUGAGGAGGUCGCCCAGCAUGUCAACUUCUUACAAGAUAGGUCGAGACGUUUCUAUGGUAGGAAGGAGCCCCUGCAGUACAUCAAGCAGUAUCUUCUAGGAGACAGUCGGACACCCCUUGUGCUCUGUGGACUAGAUGGGAGAGGCAAGACAUCACUGAUUGCCAAAGCUUGCCAACUCACCAACUCAUGGUUAAAAGAGCAAGAAGCUGCCACAGUGGUGAGGUUUGUAGGCCUAACUGCUGAAUCAGAGAACAUCCGCUGUCUACUUCAAGGAAUCUGUCAACAGAUCAGCCACACCUACAGCCUGGAUCUUACUGCAGUCCCUGAGGACUUCCAUGCACUGAUCAACGACCUUGAGGGGCGUAUCACCAUAGCAACAACUCAAUGUCCUCUCAUCAUCUUCAUUGACGGCCCUGAUAAACUGAGCGAUGAUUACAAGGCCAGGUCUAUGGUCUGGUUGCCUAGCAACCUACCUGAGAAUGUGAAGAUAGUGGUAUCAUGUACUACUCUGGAAGAGGAGAAGACAGACAGUUUCAAAGCUUUGAAGAAACAAUGUCCUGAUGCAGACUUCUACACCCUCCCUGACCUGACGCAACUCGAGGCCAAGUACAUCCUCAACUAUCUACUGGAACAAGAAGGUCGACGUAUCACCCAGGACCAACAUGAGACAGUGAUGAAGGCAAUGGAGGAGGUGUCAUCACCGCUGUACCUGAGGCUGAUCUGCGACCAGGCCGUUGGGUGGAAGAGUUUCUCAGAGAAGAGAGAGACGUACAUAGCAACGGAUCUGAGGAAGAUGAUUAGUGGUGUCCUGAUGUCGCUUGAAUCCAAACACGGUGAACCUCUGGUUCGACGAUGCCUUGGCUACCUGACAGCGGCACGAAGUGGGCUGUCCUGGACAGAACUCAACGACAUCCUCUCCUGCGAUGAACAUGCCAUGACAGAUGUCGCCAGGAACCACUCACCAGCCCUGAGACGCAUGCCGCCCGCCCUCUGGUGUCGACUCAAGACUGACCUGAGGAAGCUGUUCAGGGUGUGGAAGGUUGAUGGGGUGUGGGUGUGGAGGUGGGCAGAUCAGCAGUUCAGAGAAGCAGCAACAGAGAGGUAUCUAAAUCAAAAGGACAAAGCCCCUUCCUAUCACAGCGCCCUUGCUGAGUACUUCAUGGGCAGGUGGGGUGAGCGGAAGAAACCGUUCCCUGGCAACGAGGGUGGAGCUGACCGGUUCGUUAACCCUCAGCCUCUUAUGAUGACCCGACUUAAGCCUUCAGAUCGUCCGUAUAAAAGGGGAGUUGCAACAAAGGAGUACAACAUGCGUAAGCUGAACGAGCUACCCUACCACCUCCUCCACGCAAGUCAACUUGACAAGCUGAAGUCAGAGGCUCUCAUCAACUAUGAAUGGACCCUUGCCAAGCUAAGGGCGGUUUCUCUGCGUGCCAUCCAGGAUGACCUCCAGAGCGCCCUUACUGUUCACCCUGAUGACCUUGAGGUCAGACUGAUGAGCAGCACCCUCCAUCUCUCAACGAGCGCAUUGCUGAAGGAUCCGAACCAGCUUGCCUCCCAACUGGUCGGGCGCCUCUACAACAUCAUCAGCAACGACAAACCCAUGUCAAUUGGCGACCCUAAGAAGUACUCCACCGUCGCUUCAAUGCUCAACCAAGCCCAGCGGUCCUCCGUCCCCGCCCUCAUCCCCUCAGUGUCAUGCCUCGCCCAGCCAGGGGGCGUGCUCUACGACCUCCUGGCAGGUCACACAGAGGUCAUCACCGCGGUGACGGUGUCGAGGUUGACGAUGGGCGUGGCUGCGACGGCCUCGAGGGAUGGGUCGGUGAAGCUCUGGGAUUUGAAGAACAGGAAGGUCAUGAAGACAGUUGAAGGUGUAGGGAAAGAGAUUUCAUCAAUAAGGCUAUGUAAGAAUGACUCCAUAGCCGUCACUGUGGAAUCAAGCCGCAUCAAGUUCAACUCCUUCAGCAACGGCAGUUGCCUCUUGGAGAUCACCCAGUACAUCGACCCCCCUGUCAUCACGACGGCCAGCGAGAACGAUAACCUCGUGGUGGCGCUAUUCACCGGGUCAAAUGUGAUGCGUACCUGGGACGUGUCGGGGGAGAACGUGCAGGUUCUGGUAGAGGUCGAUAUCGGAGGUCAAGGUAUUCACCAGGACGAGUCUUUGAGUGUGUCCUUUAGCCCCUUCGGUGAGAGAGUGCUGUAUGCAUACAGGAGCAGUAAUACAGCUUUUGUGGUGAAUGCCAAAACAGGGAACAAGAUCCACAACCUAACACCCCCUAAACAAUCAGCCUCCAUCACUGCUCUAGGUGUAUCGAAGGAUUACUACGUGGUGGCGUGUCGGUACAUGUUCCAGAAGGUCUCUGAGAUUCAUCAACUUGAGCUCUUUGAUAUCAAGAGUGGAGCCUAUCUCAGGGCAAUACAAGGCUGCACAACGGACAUCGUGAAUGAGUUGUACGUCAACCGCCUGGGGUCCCAUGCUCUCACAGUGUGCCCUAACCCACAUACAAACACAACAACGCUCGCCGUAUGGAAUCUAGAAACAGAAGAUCACAAGCAUCUUGCCAAGCAUGCACAGAUGUCCAAAUUCGGUGCCUGCAUGGACCUGCUGUACUUCCUGACCGCAUCACAGACGAGCAAGUCCCUGCGCAUCUGGAAUAUCAGCCGGAAGGUCAACGAGCGGGACAACGAUGCCGCCAAGUCCAAGAAGACCUUGGGAGUGACCGGUCUGGUGCCCAUGAUCAACAACCCGCGCUACGUCGUCGCCAAGUCGGUCAAGAACGGCCCGCUGAGCGUGUGGAACGUGGUGAAGGGGAAGUGUGCCGGGAACGCAGUGAGGAUCGAGAGGGGGCUUGUGGACUCCCAUGAUGUGGUCUUGAUCAGGAAUCAUCAGGUGGUUAUUCUCUCGGAUCUGGGAAUGUCAAGCGUGAGCGAGAAACCCUCUCAGGUGUUUCAGACUGUUUUCAUGUAUGAUCUUGGGACUAAGAAGUACAUUAGGAAACUGACUGGGGUCUUUAUAGUGCCCUCUCCAGCCCAUGAAUACAGACUACUUGAUGGGGAACUACUACUAGGGCUUUCGGAGACAAGGGAUCACUUCAUCGCAUGGAACCUUGAGUCAGGUCACAUCAAGUUUAGGAUCAAGACGGGAUUCAAGACGGAUCGACUCCAGGUGAAGAAGGAGGUGGAGGAACUUCGUUCCAGACUCAAGAGACAGAACACUGCCGAUAUGAUGCCAUGGGAACGGAGAUCAGAGAGUCAGGAGGAGCGACAGAAGAGGAAAGAGAUGGAGUUGGAGAAGGAGAGGAAGAGAUUGGAAGAUCUAAGAAAGGAAAAGGAGAAUGCCAUUCAGCAUUACUUGAUGAGUCAGGAUGAGAAGGUCCUGGUGUGUUCCUACUUUGGCCACCACCUCUGUGUCUUCAACGUAGAGACACAGCAGCACAUGCAGACUGUUGAGAAUGAGAGCUCCAUGCUCCAGCUCUACGUCGCUGCUCUCUCGCCCGAGGGAAAGUACCUCGCCCAUGUCAACUAUGACGACAACGACAAGGUCAGCUACGUCACGGUGUGGAACCUCCACAAAGGCGAGGUCCGGAAGCGUCUGAAGCGAGAGUCGAACGUCUGCUGCAUCGGGAUGAAUGACAAUGCUUCGCGGGUGCUGUUUGGGAACGAACGCCACCAACUGAAGGUAUGGGACAUCCAGAGAGGCAGGAGCACCUUGCGCAGGCUGCGGACAUCGACGCAAGCACUAGAGUUCACCACUAGCACCAAGAUCUUCAUGAUAGAUAAUGGCUCGCGUGCUGUCAUCGUCGCCAGUGACAUCACGCUGUGGGAUCUUGAUCACGCCACGCAGCUAGCCAUGUUCACCCCUGACCUACGGAUCUCCUGCGUCGAGGUGGUCAUGUCUGGACAGAUGAUUCUUCUAGGUCUCCAGGACUCUUCGGACGUUGUGACCCUGAGGCUAAAGGGUCGGGACAUCAAGCCACCAGACUUUCUGACUGGUGAAGCAGGAGGGAAGGAACUGUUUGGAGAAACUACGGGAGAUACCUCGCCAGAAGAAGAGGAAGAAGAGGAGGAGGAAGAGGAGGAGGAUAAUUAGGUCAUCAUGUCACAUGACCUUUAGUACUUGUGUGGAUUUUUCCUUACUUUGGGAAAUUCAUUCAUUUACUCUUAUCCUUAUAGCCAAGCCAAACGAACACAAAGAUGAAAAUCGUGAUGGUUCUGAUUUUGAUGCUCAUCACACCCCUUAAAAUUAUCCAGAUUUUUAUCCAUUUUGUUGGAAUAAAGAUCAAAGAUCCUUUUAGUAAGCUUUCAAUGUAAGGGGCCUAUAACUCACAAGCAUGGCUUUCAACAUUGGCUCCUCCAUAUUUCACUCUUUUUUUCUUCGUCAGACUUUUAAUUUAAUGCUUUUGAACAAAAUGAUAUGAGGCACAUGCACUUUCUCUUUUUGUCUCUGUUAUAAUCCACAUUUAUUUAUACUAUUUUUUGUGAAAUCACUGCAAAAUUUGUAAUUUAUUUGAAAUAUGAAACAAUAAAAAGUCACAAUGCAUGUAGUAAUAGAUCUCAGGCUAAAACAAUGGUCUGUGUGCCACAACAUUAUAAUGUUGUUCACAUGUUUUUCUUUGUAGAAUCUGUCUCGGAAAGCCUCAUCGGCACAGUAAAGUUUAAUUCCUUACACCAGUCCUUUACAAUUACCUGGUGGAUUAUCUGAGUUAUAUGUCAAGAAUACAUGAUUACUGUUUCCAACAUCUUUGUGCAUCUUAACCAGUCGUCAAUUUCAUUUUGUUUUCAAUUUUUUUUCUUAGGAAGCCAUUUCUCAAUUUUAAACAAAUUAAUUCAGUGUAUAAUCAUUGUGGAUAUUGUUUUCUCAUAUACAAUAACUCUUAAAUGUGUUAAGCUAAAUCCCAGCACUAAUUUAAUACACAUUCCUCAUAUGUAAGUUCGUUUGUCAUGUUCAUGUUAUACUCUUAUAAUAUUUGAUUUUAAGUAUAUACGUAAUAUUGUAUAUUUUCAAUACUUGUAUGGCUUUAUUAUUGUACAUCGUUCUCAAUUCAGCAACUGGCUCCGAUGAAAAGAUAAUAAAGCCUUUAAUUCAAUUCAAUUAAAAUUUACUUUAAUUAUUUGUCCAUACCUUAGCAAAAACUAAAGAAUACCUGCGUGCCAUAUUAUGCGUUAAACAUUAUGUAGAGGGCUAGAGGUCUACCUGUUAUGUUUGUAUUUGCAUGCCUAUUUUUUCCCAAGAUGCACAUUAUAAUCAUGUAGGAGAUGACUACAUAUAUUUGUGUUAGGCUUGUAUUCAUAAUUUUUCACCCAACAUGUCUUGCUUAUAUUCUUGCCAAAAUGUAUAAAUUGGCCAGUUAGACAAGCUUAAUAUGACAUCAUAUGUAUAGCCUUUCAUUUCUAAUUAUGCAAUUAUAAUGUCAUGACAAUCCCCAUUGCAUAUUAUUUUCCUCAGUACAUGUGUAAUAUAUUAAUUUAUAUCCAUCUACUAUUUCAUGUCUUUACACCAUUUUAUGUCCGUCAUGUCCUGUAAUUAAUUGUUUUUCUAUUUUUCUUCACAAUUUUAAUUGUAUACUCUAUAUUUAGCGUAAAAUGAAAAUAUAUUGUGCUGGAUAGCAAUGUACACUGUUGGGAUGAUAAAGAUGUUGUCAUUGUUUAAAAAAAAAACUCUUGAUAAAGACCUAAAUUGAGUAUAAAUUUUAUCUGAAGCAUAUAAUUAAAAUGUUGUGAUUGUGAAACUUCCCAUGAUACCAUGUAGUUUGAAAUUCUAUUUAGUGUCAGCAUGGAAAUUACUUAUAGGCUUGCAGUAAUUGAAGUGCAGCCAUUGGAAAAAAUGCAGAAAUAAAAUCAAAAAUCAAAAUUUCUUUAGAUAUUUAGAAGCAUAGUUUUAAAGGCUAAUUUUUAUAAUUUGAUAUCUUUGUAACUUCUGAAGUUUAUCAGAGACAUGUUAUCCUUUGAAAUUAUUUUAUGUACAAAUUUUGCAUUACUUGUAUUCUCUUAUCACAAUUUAAAUUGAUUCAAUAAUACCGCAUACAUGUAUUUGUUCACCGUAUACUGUGCCUCUUGUUUGGUAUUAAUGCCAAAAACCUCAUUUUGAGUCGCCAUAUAUUGUUACAAAAUGUAUUUAUUUUGGUAUGAGGCAUCUUACCCAAAGAUAUUUUUAAUUGUAAAAUGAUAUCCAUGAUAUAUGUUGUAUUCCUUUUUACCUUUGCCAUAACUGAAAUAAACUUGCUUGCGUAUAUAUCAAC